UGCGAUUUAGACAUCUUGACCUCCCCUUCCACGGGACGCGCAGCAUCGGCUCUUUCCUGGUCAGACUGACUGGCUCAUACAGCAUAGCUCAUAUCGCCUGCUCCGCUCGUGCUGACCCUAACCCACAUUCGCGCCGCCAAAAUGGCCUCCAUCUACAUUGACGAAGAUGUCGGCCGGGACGACUCGACCGCCAACGGAACCGAAUCCGCCCCCUACAAGACGCUCAUCCAUGCUUUCAUGCAGCACCCUCCCACCGAUGGUAACCAGUACCUGACGCGCAAGUCCCAAACCGAGCCCACGGGUGAAGGCGCUGACCCUGCGUCCAAAUUGGAGUGGAAACCGGCCACAAAGUCGGCGGUCAAGAAGGCCACCAACCUGUAUGAGCAACGGAAGAGAAAGGCCGCAAAGGAACAGGAAUUGGCUAUCCGUGAGAAGCAGGAGGCUGAGAAGCGUCAGGCUGUCCUUGAGGAGGCAAAGAAGGUUGUUAUCAAGGAGAACACGUCGCUUCCCAAGCCCGUCAAGAUCCGUCUCGAUGAGACCGACCCGGCCGUUAUCAAGCUGGGAUCUCCCGAGUCGGAGACCCCUGGAACACGCGUCCGAGUUGUUGGAAGAGUCCACCGCUUGCGUGCCCAGAAGGACGUCAUGUUCCUCACUCUCACCGAUGGCUAUGGCUACCUGCAGUGUGUUCUGACCGGGGACUUGGUCAAGACUUACGAUGCCAUGACUCUUACCCUUGAGACCUCGAUGGCUCUCCAUGGUGAGAUGCGUGCCGUCCCUCCCAAGCAGCACGCUCCCAACGACCGUGAGCUUCAUGUGGACUUCUACACUAUCAUCGGUCGCGCUGCCGGUGACAAGGAAGCUAUCACCACCCGGGUGGCCCACGACGCUGACCCGCAAACCCUCUACGACAACCGCCACCUUGUCCUUCGUGGUGAGACCGCUUCAUCUGUGAUGAAGGUUCGCGCGGCUACCCUUCGGGCUUUCCGUCAGACUUUCGAAGAGCACCGUAUGCUGGAAGUUACUCCUCCCGCCAUGGUGCAGACCCAAGUGGAGGGUGGAAGCACUUUGUUCAAGUUCGACUACUACGGCGAGGAUGCUUAUCUGACCCAGUCCUCUCAGCUCUACCUCGAAACUUGCCUCCCAUCCCUUGGUGACGUCUUCUGUGUCUGCCCUUCUUUCCGCGCAGAGAAGUCUCUCACCCGUCGCCAUCUGUCCGAAUACACUCACAUCGAGGCUGAGCUUGAUUUCAUCACCUUCAACGACCUCCUUGAUCACCUGGAAAACGUGAUCUGCCGUGUCAUUGACUUGACUCUGGCCGAGCCCGCCACCAAGGCCCUCAUUGAGAAGCUCAACCCCGAUUUCAAGCCCCCCAGCCGUCCCUUCAAGCGGAUGAAGUACUCCGAUGCCAUUGAUUGGCUGCGGGAGCACGACAUCCCCAACGAGGAAGGCAAGCCUCACGAGUUCGGCGAUGAUAUUGCCGAGGCUGCUGAGCGCAAGAUGACUGACAUCAUCAACCAACCCAUCUUCCUGACCCACUUCCCCGCCGAGAUCAAGGCCUUCUACAUGAAGAAGGAUGCCGAGGACCGCCGUGUCACCGAAAGUGUGGACGUUCUCAUGCCUGGUGUGGGUGAGAUCGUCGGUGGUAGCAUGAGAAUGGACGACUGGGAUGAGCUCAUGGGCGCCUACAAGCACGAGGGCAUGGAUCCCUCCCCGUACUACUGGUACACUGAUCAGCGCAAGUAUGGUACUUCUCCCCACGGUGGUUACGGUCUCGGUCUCGAGCGUUUCUUGGCUUGGUUGUGCGCUCGUUAUACCGUCCGCGACUGCUCUUUGUACCCCCGUUUCACCGGACGUUGCACGCCUUAAGCGCUUUGAUAUUUUAGACAAGAUUUAUAGAUAUGUGGCGUUCCAGUUCAUAGAGAUCUGGCGUCGGCAGUCAUGAUAAUGAUCUCAAAUAUCAAUUAUGAAAGUAAA